AGUAACUCUGAAAUAAAAAUGGAGGGGUGUGGCAUGAGACGUGAAACUCCACAAUGCGAGUCUUAAACUGCGCUUAGCAAACCUUGUAACCGUAAAGUAGCCAUAGGGGAAAAAAUUUGUAACUUCGUGCUUAUUUCAUCUGAAAUCACAAGACGAUUUGCAAUAACUGACAAUUUGGCACUGGAAUUAAAUAGUGAUAAUCUGUCAAAAUAGUCAAGUACAACUACAUAAAAUGAGGGAUUCAGAUGAUGCUGAUGAUAUUUGGGAAAAUGUAAAACCAACCACAAAGAAGAAUGUCUUUGAUGAGGAUGUGUCUGUUGAGGCAUUAAAGAAAGGUAUCAAAAACUUUAAUGAUGAAGACGAUGCAGAAAUCAUUGGCAUUGAAGGGAACUUUGUGCAUUAUGAGAACAAGGGAGUGGACUAUACUUGUGCUCCAGAUUUAUCUUCCCUUGCUACUCCAGUUCUUGCCCCUGCUUCCUUACGUCUUACCCCUGCUGUACCAGAACCCAAGUACUCCUUUGGAAGUGCCUCUAAGGCUGCCAAUCAUGUUCGUUCUCAGAGUUUUACUUUCGCAGCACCAAAAUCAACAUCUGAAGCCUUUCCAAAAGUCAGUAUGGUGCCUGAAAAAAAUACCAGUUCAAGCAGCCUUAGCAUGAGCAUAGAAGAAGUGGUCAACAGUGGGAAGAAAGGGCCACAAGAUGUUGAGAAAAUGCAGCAGACUAUUCAGAUUCUCAAAAAACAGCUGCUGACAGCAAGGCGUGAGAGGUGGAUAAAGUUGCCAGUUGAAGCCACACUUCGCAGGAUUAUGAAAGGAGAGGCAUACUCUCUUGAAGCAUAUCGUGCGCUUGAAGACAAACUUGCUCUCCUAGACCAAGCAACAGCUCUGCAAGAUGGCAAUGCAAUUACAGCUGCUGUGCUGCAUUUGCGCCACACAGUGAAGAAAUCUAUUUUCUCUAUAGAACUAGCGAAACGGCCUGUGGCAGCUAAUCAUUAUCUCAGUUAUCUUCGGGCUCACUAUGAACAUGCUGAACUUGUUGAUACAUUGGUAUCUCUGAGAAGGACAGAGGAGGCAUCAAUUGUAAAGUACAAAGUAAUAUGCAACUCUGGAGAUGUCAGAAACAAGGUAUCCAUGCUGAAAACAUGUCUCAGAACUCACUUUGAAGCAGACUCUUCAAUGGCAGGGGAUGCAGCUUUAGUUAGGGAACAUGUGGACCUGCUGGAGCGCCAGCUACCAAUUGAAGAUUCUGAUGCCAGGCUGGAAGCAGAGGGUAGAACAAAAGUCUUCAGGGAUUUUCCUCGGCGUCAUUCAUUGCUAGACAUGCCUCUGACCACCACUCUUUUCUACUCAUGCCUUUAUCAUCAUCAUGAGCUCGAGAAUAGCUUAUCCAGCCCUCUUUCUCUUAAGAAGAGACAUGAGAUACCAGAGCGACAGUAUAUUUGGACUGCACUGAGUGCACGUGCCAAAGCCCAUGCUUGGGCAGACAUUGAAAAUUUAUUAACAGCAAAGAGUUGGUUUGGUGGAAAGAAGAUGAAGGCGCCAAUAGGCUUUGAUAAAGUGGUGGAAAUCUUGAACAAGUUCAAUGCUCCCACUGAUAUCCUGACCAAAUAUCUGGAGCUGGUGGAAGAUCUUGACAUAAGACUAUCUCUAAGCAAGAAAAUUAGUAACCACAAAGUCACUGUUGAGACUCUUGUGAAGCUAAAAGAUCGAGCAGGUGUGGAGGACUUUGCCCACAAGCAUGGUGGUACCAUUGAAGCAGAUUAUGCUCGUCGAAUGCUGAAGGAUGAAGCAGUACGGUGGAAAUGAAAUGACACAUCAAAUAUAGAUUUUUCUUCAAGAAACAGGGUUUGAAGCCCAGAACUUUUCCAAAGAAAUAAAACUCUCCAUCAAGGGAUGCCUGGAUGUUUUCUGCUUUUCGGAAGCCAUGCUGUUCACCUGAAAAUUGGAAGAAAAUAUGUUGUCCAGCUAAUACAGAUAUAUUUUUAGAAAAAAGAAAAUUGCCACUUAUAAUCUUCUUAAACUUACAGAAUGACCUCAGAGACAAGCAUCACAUGCUCAAUAAAUGGAGAUGAUUAAAUGUACAAUUAGAGCUUGGAACAUUUAUGUCCAGUAGUUUCCAUGUGUUUUUAUGUUUCUAUGUUGUGAAAGAUGUAUGUUUAUAUAUUGAUAAAUAAACUGAUAAGAUUGCAGAA